AUGUUUCGACGUCAGGUGUUGCUCUCUCGACGGGCUGCCUUUAGUUUCACAACCGGUUGGUUGAACCGCACCGCCUCCUUUCAGCCAUUCUCACAGAAGGACGAGGAUGAUUUGGUCCGAGUGGUGAAAACAAAACCACGACAUGUGUUAAAACACGUACGUCAACAAGUCUGGCGUUCACGCAAGCGGGAACUUCACUUCCGAAAUACCGUUACUCAUCUGAUGAUUGUUUUACAGGAGUUUCUUCGCAAACAACUUAUAGAUCCCACCAAUGCCUCACAAAUAAUGGAGGGAAUCAUGGAAGAGUGUGUCAAGUACUCCCAACAUGAUAUGGCCCAUCUCCUCUUUCGAGCAUUUCUACGGUUUAGAAAAUACGGCUGCACUAUUUCCAUUGAUGCCCUACGCUUCUUAUUUGAAUCCUACAAGGAAAACGAUAGCAGUGAGUUAAUGUUGCAGUUGGCAAAUGAGAUGCGUGGUGAUCCCGCACUGCGGCCGCUCUGCAUUGCCGCUUAUCUCUUUGCAAAUCACCCAGACGAGGCCGAAACAUUACGGGAGGGUCUCUCUUUUAGUGAGCUCACACGAGAUGAUAUUGUCGCCCUUAUUGACGGCUACGAUAAACUACAAAAGACAGAGAAAGUCAUGGAAGUACUGCAGAGUGUUAAUGAGAGCACAUUUACCGCAGAGGAUCUCACAGAUAUUUUCCGCGCCUUCUUUCGUGUCUUUUACCGACGUGAUGAUGAAGUUUCCUUUGCUGCUGUAUUUCAAGCAGCGUUGGAUAAGUCGGUGGUGUUGGAUGCGGCAACCUUUGCGAUUAUUCUCCGACAACGAAUGCGGCACGUGACGGGGGCGGAAGAAAUUGCAGCGGUGGAGAAUGAACUGAAGGAGUUUGGAUACGUGCCGGAUGUGACGGGGAACUCUAUCAUCAUUGCGGCGUAUGCACGGCUGAUGCACUUUGGAGAUCGUGGGAGUGAAGAGUUGAUGCUGUCAAAGGUCGACACGCUGCUUUCAUCUAUUGAGUCAAGACUUAAACAAGGGGAUCCGGAUAUGGAUAUCAGCGCCGCACACAUUCGGGCCGUAAUUCGCGGCUACGGCGCUGCCGGGCGACCGGAGUCAAUUAAAACUGCAUGGACGCGUAUGCAGCAUAAGGGACUCACCAAUGAUGUACGUGUUUAUAAUGAGUUAUUCAAGUGGUUUGCACUCAUGGGGAAUGUAAAGGAUGUGAUUGCGUUAAAGGAGGAGAUGGAUACAGAGGGUGUACAUCCGGAUUCUCAAACCUAUGCAUGGAUGCUGCGGGCAUUGGGAAAGUAUUAUCCCCGACAUGUAGAGCGAUUGUAUGAAGAGAUGCAGCAGAAACACGUACGGCCGGAUAUACAACUGUACAACACACUCCUAGGUAUAUUUGGGGAUUUGGGAGAUACCGCACGAGUGGAGGCCAUUGUGAAGGAAAUGAUGUCGCGUGAAGAGUUUGGGACCCUUCAACUAACCCCAGUGACAUUUGCUGUUCUUAUUCGUAUCUAUUCGAAUAAUUUGGAAAAGGCAGAAGAAGCCUACGCAGAGGCAAAGAAACGAGGCAUGACAGAUCACCCGCAUGUACAGACAAGUAUGCUACACGUCUAUGCCCAUCACGGCGAUGGAUCAGAUCGUUUAGAAAAUUUUCUAAAAGAAAUCCCUACCUGGUCUACAGAUGUGUAUAAUGUUCUUUUAAAUAAGUAUGGUAAAGAUGGUCAGCGAGAGAAGGUGAAUGAACUUAUUGAAAAGAUGAAGACUGAAGAGGUGGCGAUGAAUGAUGUGACAUUUGGUACUCUCAUCACGGCAUUUGCACGAUGGGGUGAUGGAGAUAAAGUACGUGAUGUUAUUCAAUUAUUAAAAGAACACGAAGGUGAAGUCUCCGCGGCCUUUUACUCUGUCUUGGCAUCUUCUCUCAGUAAGAUGGGGGAUGUGGAUGGGGUAAGUAAUGCAUGGGAUGAUCUCAUCUCAUCUAAACUGUUUCCAGAUACAGAAGUGUAUAACCAAUUCCUACUACUAUACAGCAAACAACACAACGCCAGUAAAAUGCAAACCGUUUUAAAUAAUAUGAUGAAACAAAUUCCACCAAAUCCAGUUACGGCAACGACAAUUUUGGAUAUGUUAGGAAAAUCAGGCCGUGUCGCAGAGAUGGAAUCUCUCUUUGAAGAUAUGAAAUUAUCUCCAGAUACUUUACCAACAUCCGUCACCUAUCAUCAGAUGAUGAAUACAUAUGCCAAGACAGGUGAUGUAGCCAAGAUGGAAAAACUGCAUGCAGAGUUUAUAGAAAAAGGAUAUACCAAUAACGCCGUAACGUAUAAUAUUUUGGCGGAUGGUUACGGUCGGGCGAAACGCUUCGAUCGCAUGGAGGAGAUUUUACAACAACGAAGGAAAAUGGAUGUUCCAUUAGAUGAUCUUGUCUACUGUAUUAUGAUUACGGCCUAUGGUAGAGCUCGACUUAAGAAGGAGGUACAACGUGUGUAUGCGGAGGUGACGUCACCCGAAUCAAGUCAUCUCUUCACACGAAAAGUUAUUUGGUCCUGCAUUGAUGCCUUUUGCCGCUGCGGUGCCGCUGAAGAGAUGGAAAAGUGUGUAGAAGAUUUAAAACGCACAAACGAGACGGGACCCACUUCCACCAAUCGUACAGAUCCCAGCAGUAGUAGUAGUAGUGAUAAUAGUAAUAGUAAUAGUAGUCACAGUGCGAGUGAUGUGCUUGCACUCAUUCCCUAUUACUGCCGACUGGGCGAUAUGAACCGCGUGGAUGAACUCCGCGAAAAGGCAAAAGCAAUGAACACAGACUUAUCCUAUACCGCACUGAACGCCAUUGCGAGAGGCUACGCCAAAGCUGGACGGUUUGAAAAGACUGUAGAAACAUUACAUCUCAUGCGUGAUCGCAAUUGGGUUCCCGACGCCUCCACGGCACUUUCACUCUCCAGUGCGUUUCUGAAGGCUGGUCUGCACGAACAGGCACAACAGGUGGUGCAGUGGCGGCGGCAAUACGCAAAACACGCGGGAGAGGAAGUCUCCUCCUCACCGGAGGUUUAA